AGACAUUAAAGAAGGCAGCUGCAUGCCUGGAUAUGUUUGUUACCAAAGUGAUUGGGACAUCAGCUCUUCACUGUCAACAUCCAAUAAUAUCCCAGCUCAGCCAUGCAAAAGCAGCAAUACAGAGCUCUGCAUUAAACCUGAUUACAAUGACAUCUGCACUGAUCUGACUACAACCUUCACUUCAGGAGACUGUGCCAACACCUUCAGCCUCACCAAAAGCAUCACUGUCGCAGAUUUCUUAGAUCCAAAUGAAAUAUAUCAGAAACCUCCAACUGGACUUCCUGCAAAAAUAGAAGCAGAAUUACCUAAACACUGCACCGAUCUCACCGUCGAUUACACCUGUAAGGAUGAACUCGGUGACAUCAAGAAUGAGUCUGAGCUGGAGCCCUUCACACAUUACAGCUGUACUGGUGACAUCAAGCACAACAAUGUCCCCAUUAAUCGAACCACUGAUAUCGAGUUCAUGAUCGACUGUGAUCUUACAAUAACAACAGAGUCAAAUGCAGCCAUGACCUCCAUUGAUCUGACAUGGAACGCGACCAGUCAGGACUGUCCAGUUCUUCCUGGUCUUCCAAAGCUUUCAUAUGACUGCAGUUGUGUCCCUCCUUCCAAACACACACCCAGUGCUGACAAAUCUCAAACAGGAGGAAGGUGUCGUUUUACUGGACUGGAUCCGUUCACCAAGUAUAAGUUUAAAGUUCAACCCAAGUACAACGACAAGGAAGUUGCCAGUCCAUCUCCAGUUACUGAGGUUUGGAUUAAUCCUGGAAGUAAGUGUCUUUAACUGUGUAUUUUGGAG